GUCAUACAUAAAUACUACUUCUCAUCCCUACACUUUCCUCUUUCCCAAAACAUUCUCUCUCUCUAUAGGGAGCAAACCCUCGAUUCCCACGAGCAAGAUGGUCUGAGGUUUCCUUUUUUCCGCCGCCAAUAGCCGCCGUUUAGGUCUGUUUUCCGGCGCCGCCAAUUUGACUCCCGAUCGGUAAAUUCUCCACUCGCGAGAUCUGUUACUUUAAUGGUUACGAAGGGUCAGAUCAAGGAUCGAACUUUGUUCUGUUUUGAGUUCGUUGGUGCUGAUGAAUGGAUCUUUGAAUCAUGGAUGGAAACUUAUCAGCUGCCAUGGUAAUGGACUCCACAGACUCUAAGAUACAACAGCUUCAGAAAGCAUUUGCUGAGCUGGAAAGCCACCGAGCUAUCACUCUCGAUUUGAAAUGGAAACAGCUCGAGGAGCAUUUUCACGGGCUCCAAAAAUCUCUGAAAAGACGUUUCACUGAACUCGAAGAACAAGAAAAGGAAUUCGAAACCAAAAUAUUCGAAUCAAAAGAGGUUCUAGAGAAGCGUAGAGCGGCCGUUUUGGCUAAGGAGCAAACUUCGCUCGAGAGGCUUCAGGAGAAACGGGAUGCUGCAGUCUCGUCCAUCUUAAGUGCCAUGGGGAAGCACGAGUAUCCAGAUUCUCCUGUUUCGUGUGUUGAUUAUGAAGAGAAUCAAGUUGAAGUUGAACCACAAGUUCUUAAGGAAAAAACAUCUGAUGCACCAAAACCAAAACCUGCCGAAAUUAUGAAUAUUGAGGUGAAGUCUUAUCCGGAGUUGGUGAAAUUGUGCCGAGAGAUGAACUCUGAGGGACUUCAUAAAUUUAUAUCUGAAAACCGCAAGGAUCUUGUAACUUUAAGAGAUGAAAUUCCUAUUGCUUUGAAGGCUGCAACUGAUCCUUUCUCUCUAGUUUUGGACUCACUCAAGGGUUUCUAUGGUGGUGACAUUCAAAACUCAGAUCCCAAAAAGGACUCGAAUCUCUUAGGCAUUCGUCGAUCGUGUAUUAUGCUGAUGGAGUGCCUUAGCAGUUUAUUUUUGGAUGUGAAUGUGGACUCACUUUCUGAUAUUAUAUCAGAUAAUGCUAAGGAGAGGGCUAAAGCUAUUGCUGAAGAGUGGAAGCCAAAGUUGGAUUAUCUUGAUGUUGAUGCUAGCAAUGGGAAUUCAUUAGAGGCCCAUGCAUUCCUGCAGCUUUUGGCUACUUUUGGAAUUAAUUCAAAUUUUGAUCAGGAUUGUUUGUCUAAAUUAAUUCCCAUGGUUUCUCGCCGGCGGCAAACUGCUGAAUUGUGCCGUUAUCUUGGCUUGUCAGACAAAAUGCCAGGUGUGAUUGAUGUGCUGGUAAAGAAUGGAAGACAGAUUGAUGCUGUCAAUUUAGCAUUUGCCUUUGAGCUAACCGAUCAGUUUUCACCUGUUGUAUUACUGAAAUCCUACUUGUCUGAGGCCAAAAAAGUGAUAUCAUCCCCAAAACCCGGAAAUACAUCGCCUAGUGCCUCUCCACAGGCAACCCAGAAUGAAGUGAACGAGAAAGAGCUAUCUGCACUCAAAGCUGUCAUCAAAUGCAUCGAGGACCACAAAAUCGAGCACCAGUUUCCCGUGGGCCCACUCAACAAACAGGUAGCCCAAAUCGAGAAAGCAAAGGCAGAAAAGAAACGGGCCACAGAAGUUUCCAAGCCACAGCCCAAAAGGCCACGUGCAAACGCCGUAGCCCGAGUUCAUAACGAGAAGAACAACUAUAGAAUAGCCGAGAGGUACCCACAACAACAGUACAUUUACGAGAGACCAUAUGUUUAUCCCGGGCCGAACGAACACCGAAUCCCGUCUUAUGUGGGCCCGCAGGCUGCAUAUACCAGCUUUUCCCCUGGACAUGGUAACUUCUUUGGGAAUGGUUAUCAGUAUCAGACCACCUAUUUGCACUGACGAUGAUGAUUUGUGGUACGUUGACUAUUAGUGUUUGACCCUUUCUAUUCCUACGUGUAAUGUUAAACUUAUGAGCAGACCUUUUUUUAAGUAUUUGAGGAAAAAUUUGAAUGAUGGGCAUUAUUAGCCUUGUUGACUAAUUUACUAGCCUGUUGUAAAAGGUGCAAAAUCCUCAUGUUGUAAUGAAUGUACUGUGUACUUCUUUCCUAAUGUCAUGUUUAUAAAUGUUUUAAGUGGUUGUUAAUGUUAUGUUUUAGCACUAGA